AUGGCUCUUCCUCUCUCCAUCCCCAACUCGCCCUCUGGUGGUAACUCGCCCUCCUCCGACUCCAACGGUCCCCGCACCCCCGUCUCCCCCUCCGGCUCCGUUCAGACUCUCGCCCUCCCUCCCGCCGACGGCGCCCAGUCUGCCCACUCCUCCUCUCCCUCCAACCCCGCCCAGGCCAAGCGCAAACCCAGCCGUCGCGCUAACACCGCUGAGCGCAGGGCUACCCACAACGCCGUCGAGCGCGCCCGCCGCGAGACUCUCAACAGCCGCUUCUUGGAUCUCGCCGGCCUCCUCCCCAACCUCUCCCAGAUCCGCCGGCCCUCUAAGUCUUCAAUCGUCAACUCGUCCAUCGCCCACAUCCACGCCUCCCGCCGCCACCGCCUCCUCGCCGCCCGCGAGCUCCGUCUCCUCAAGCUCGAGUCUGACGCCCUCCGUCGCGAACUCAAUGAAUGGCGCGACCGCUCCGGCCUCCCCCGCGUUGACGAGCCCGUCCGCGGCGAGGCCUUCCAGAUGAUCCUCUCUGGCGAGGUCGAGGUUCUCAACGCCGGCCCCAUCGAGGAAGAAGGUGCGGAGGGCGAGUACGACGACGAGUACGGCAAUGACGACUACACCCCUGCCCCCGUCCCCUCCGCUCACGAGGAGAUCCCCAUGGACGACAUGCGCGGCGCCAACCCGUUCGCCCAUAACGUCCCCCAGCGCAGCAACCUCCAGCUCCAGACGAUCCUCCCCCGCCCCGCGACCCAUGGCCCCCACACGCCGAUGGUCGUCCAGAGCCCGUCCUCGGUCUCGUUCGAGAACCCGGCGAUGUCCUCGAUGUACGAGCCCCGCUCGGGCCCGAUGCACGCUCACUUCCAGGGGCAGUACAUGCAGCAGGGCGGCAUGGGCGGCACGCAACACGGUGUCCACGACGACAAGGCCGCCUGGGCGUCGCAGCAGAUGUUCGGUGCGUCGGUCCCCGGCGGGCCUGCGCUCUUCACCCCGCCGACAUCCUCGCACGGCCACGCGAACGGCAGUGUGUCCCCGAUGGCGCCCGGCUCCCAGCAGGCGUACUUCAUGAGCCUCCAGCGCCAGCAACAGCACCAACAACAGAUGUUCCACCAGCGCAUGACCGACGACACUUCCCCCUCCGGCCCUCGUCGUGAGCGCAGCGGCUCGGUCAACUCGAACGGCUCUGGCUACGCGUCCCCUGCGAGCCACGGCUCGUACGAGAUGCCAAGCGUGAUGAGCGGCCCCGGCGCGGUCCCGCGCAGGAUGGCCCAGGGCGGGGCGGGCGGAUGGGACGACGGGAUGAGCAUUGGCCCGAUGGGUGGAAUGGGCAUGGGCAUGAUGAAGAGCGCACCGAUCAGCGUUGGUGGCGGUGGCAGCGCGCACGCAUACGCGGCCGCGAUGCUGUAA